UUAACCGAAAGACUUCCGCUACAACUUUUGGAAAAAUGACCCUCAAACUUUUACACAGGGGACUCUUAAAAAGAGUAUUAAACACACCAAAACAUAAGUUAAACAUAUUAAGUACAAAAUGUUGCUCGUAUUAUCCGGUAAACGAUUCAUUGUUUGGCUUGACAGAAGAACAAAAACAGUUGAGACAGUCAGUUUUUCAAUUUUGUCAAAAAGAAUUAGCACCAAAAGCACAAGAAAUUGAUCAUAAAAAUGAAUUUACAGAAAUGAGAGAUUUUUGGAAGAAAUGUGGAGAGAUGGGAUUACUUGGCAUAACAGCACCAGCUCAAUAUGGUGGAUCAGAAAUGUCUUAUUUAGAUCACUGUCUUGUGAUGGAAGAAAUGUCCAGGGCUUCAGCAGCGAUAGCACUCAGUUAUGGUGCAUCUUCAAACUUAUGUAUAAAUCAGAUUGUCAGAAAUGGAACAGAAACACAGAAGGACAAAUAUUUACCAAAGUUAAUUAAGGGAGAAUAUGUUGGGGCUUUAGCUAUGAGUGAAGCAGGAUCAGGAUCAGAUGUUGUAUCAAUGAAAUUGAAAGCUGAAAAGAAAGGUGAUCACUAUGUAUUAAAUGGUAAUAAGUUCUGGAUAACAAAUGGUCCAGAUGCUGAUGUGCUGGUAGUGUAUGCCAAAACAGAUAUCACGUCAGAUAAACCACAACAUGGUAUUACAGCUUUCCUAAUAGAAAAGGGGAUGCCAGGAUUUUCUGCUGGACCAAAGUUAGAUAAACUUGGUAUGAGAGGUUCUAACACAUGUGAAUUAAUAUUUGAGGACUGUAAAGUUCCAGUUGAGAAUAUGAUGGGAGCAUUAAACAGGGGAGUGUAUGUACUAUUUAGUGGUCUAGAUAUUGAGAGAUUAGUAUUGGCUGCAGGUCCACUUGGAAUAAUGCAAGCAUGUUGUGAUGUUGCUUUUAAUUAUGCUCAUGUUAGAGAGCAGUUUGGUACAAAGAUAGGGGAAUUUCAGAUGAUCCAAGCAAAGAUGGCAGACAUGUAUACAACACUGAAUGCAUCAAGGUCAUAUGUCUAUAAUGUAGCCAGGGCUUUAGAUAGAGGGGAGCGACAACCAAAUGACUGUGCAGCUGUAAUAUUGUAUACAGCAGAGGCAGCCACCAAAACAGCACUGGAUGCUAUACAGAUUUUAGGUGGAAAUGGUUACAUCAAUGAUUAUCCAACAGGGAGAUAUUUAAGAGAUGCCAAGUUAUAUGAAAUAGGAGCUGGUACAAGUGAAGUUAGAAGACUGAUUAUAGGACGGGCUAUUAAUGCUCACUACAAAUAAUCUAUAAAUAAUUCAUUGUAAGCGACUGUGAUAAGAAUUAAAUGUAAAGCAUUGUAAGGAGUAUUAAUUGAUUGAUAAAAUAGUUAUCUCAGGGAAUAUAAUAUACUGGAAACACUUUUGAAUAAGUUAAAAUUAUGUAUUUCUUUGAUUUUGAAUAUUUAAAAAUGCUGCUAUCCUCAUCCAAAAGCAUUGAACCUUUGUAGUUAGCAAAUGGCAGAUUUUUUCUUAGCACUUAGUAUUUGUAUUUGUGAACCAACUAGAUCAUUUCAUUAAUAAACCAAACAGUUUUUAAAAAAUAGUUAAAUGCUUUUGAUAUAGUAAAUAGCAGUCUUUUUUAGGUAGUCAGUUUAAUGUCAAACAGAAUUUAUAUAUUUCAAAAAAAAAGUAUGGUUUAGUUGCUUUAUAUAUAUCAAAAUUUACCCUCGAUCAGUCAAUAUAUUAAAAUUACAAUUUGAAGAACAAAAACCAAUGCUGUACAUAAAUUUAAAAUUUGAAAAAAGUAGCGUUUUUUUGUUUGUUAGUGAGUUGCUGUUUCAUUAGCAUACACCACAUGUGUUUUUAUUCAUAUUGAAACUGUGUAGAACAAGUAGUUGUAAAUUGAUCAAAUCCAAGGAAUUGGUUUUAUUUAAUUUAUAUUAUUUCAUAUUUAUUAAGGAAUUUAAUACUGAUUGCACAUGUUUUUGGUACUGUCUUGUUAUGUUCACUUAUAUUAUAAAAGUGGUUAAUUGUGACAUACGGUAUAGACAAUCUAUUAUUGUAGACUAUUCUGUAUUGAUUUUAUUGUAUUGUUGUGUUGCUGUCUUGUUUAUGUUUAUCUCACAUAUCUUUUAAUUCAUAUAUAUCUAUAAUGAAACUUAAAUCUAUAAUUUUUGUUGUUGUCUCUUGAACAUUUAUAGUUAUAAAAAAGUAAUGUACACAGAUUUAAAAUGAUCAGGAACACUCAUAUUAUUUAAUCGGAAUAAUUAAACUAAAAACUUUAUCUCUAUUAUCAAGUAUUUUUGUGUUUCUGAAGAUGUAUGUUCAUUGAUAAACAGAUUAGCUGACUGUUAAUGAACAACCAUGGGUCAAACAUAUUCAUUUUACUUUAAGUAUUUAACUUGUUCUAAUAUUUGUUUGUACUGAGAUUAUGUAUAUAAUAUUAAGCAGUCAAUUUGAGGAUAAAAAUGGUACCUUUGAUGUCAAUAAAAUCAUGUUUAUAUUU